GAGACGUCAGCGAAAAGAGCUGCAGGUUUGUGCUGAAGGUGCCAUACCUGUGUACAUUGGUGUUGGCGUUGCCGACACGUGCGGUAGGUAGGGGAGCUUCGUUGACAGCAGAAUUGCGUAAAACAAAGUUGGAUGGUACGAGCCAAAUUUCUGGAAUAGGAGUGAACGCCUCUACCUCGAAAGACCUCCACGGUCUUUACUUAGAAAUUUGUCGAUAUCUUGUUGUUUGCUGUGAAAAAACAAAGCUGAACGCAAGAUACAGUUGUAGUGGUACAGUAUCUUCCCUGGCGAUCCCACGCCGGGACGGACGAUGUGGCCUAACCCACAUUUGUACCAAACAGCCAUAGAUGCACAGUGAUGUUGUUGGGAUAGAAACUUCAAAAACAAAAUGGCAGACGAAUAUAAACAUGUGAAGCUUUCGCCAAUUCAGCAGAUGGUUGCAUCUUGCUCUGGUGCUUUUAUGGUGUCUUUGUUAUCAACACCAUUUGAUGUUGUCAAAGUGCGCUUACAAGCUCAAGUGAAACCACAAACAAGCUCUUGUCAUGUGAUUGCAAAUAGAAUUAUCAAUGGAAUGUGUUAUUGUGGUGUUGGAGGCACUGUGGAGGGGGGCUUUACUUGCCUCAUACCACCAGAGGCAUCAGCAAUCAAGUUCACAUCAACAUCUGAUGCUUUUACAAAGAUAUUCCAGAAUGAAGGACUUUUCAAGCUGUGGAAAGGCCUUCCAGCCACGUUGGUGAUGAUGGUCCCUCAGACAGUUGUCUAUUUCACUGCCUAUGAUCAACUGAAGGUCCGACUAGGUUUGACUGAGGGACAACAUGUUGUUUAUGCUCCAAUGGUUGCUGGUAUGAGUGCUAGAGUUUUUGCCGUGGCUGCCAUAUCCCCCAUAGAGAUGGUUCGCACGAAACUGCAAUCAAAGAAAGGAUACAAGUAUACUGAGGUAUUCUCAGUUAUCAAAAAUGCGAUCCGACAAGAAGGAAUACUCUGCCUUUGGAGAGGCAUGGGGCCAACUUUACUCAGAGACGUACCCUUUUCUGCAUUUUAUUGGUCUGCAUACGAACUUAUGAAGGCACGCUACGAAGAACCAACAUUUGGAACAACUUUUGCUGCUGGUGCAAGCUCUGGGAUGCUUGCUGCAGCUUUAACCACGCCCUUCGAUGUUGUCAAAACACAUCGUCAGAUGGAGCUUGGUGAACUUGGCUAUGGCAAGCUUGGUCAAAAACGUCUCCCAUUCACAUUCACCCUUGUCUUCAAGCUUUGGGCUGAACAAGGAUUCAAGUCACUUUUUACAGGUAUUGUGCCGCGUCUUGCCAAGAUCACGCCUGCCUGUGCAGUUAUGAUCAGCACGUAUGAAUACGGAAAGAAAUACUUUCGCAAGAAAAACGGGCAAAGACAGGAGAGGGAGUUGGCUGGUCAAGGAUUGGCUAAGUAUUCUUAAGGGUGAAAUUUGCCGCCAGAGUACCGAACUACCUGUAACUUGAGAAAUCAUUCGGCGGGCAGCCACAAUGAAUUAGAGGCCCGCCUCGUACUGGAUUGUGAUGCUUGCCACUGUGGUUCUGUGGCGUAUCAUUCUUAUGAAUCCAUUUCGCAGCCGUUGACGGUAAAAAUGAUUUUUGCGGUAUCCGUGUGUUUUGAAUCGAAUCUAUAACGAUCCGCGUGUCUUUAAACGGGAAUCCUAUUGUUUUGGAGUGCUUAGAGCAUUGAUAAACCCACAAUCAAGUCUGAUUGUUUUUCAUGUGAAGUAUGUUUCCCUAAGAUAAAGCUUAGUUUUGUUGGUAUCUGUUGAGAUGAUUAUUAACUUUUCAAUAUGCGAAACUGUUACAGUGAUAGCAAUAAAUUUCUUACAAAUAUUUCGAUAUUUAGUAUAAACUAUUCAAAAAUCUGUUAUUAAGUAAAUGAAUUAGAUAUUGCUGAAAUUUGUAUUCUGGAGAAAUUUUGUACCCUGAAGGCUUCAAAUUUUACACCGAAGUAUACUAAAGUUAUUUGGUUCACGUGUUAAUGUUAUGGCGGAACCUUGCAUCAUGGGCUUAGCUCACUGCAAUUUUUGAAAUGGAGCACAGAUUUUUGCCUUUCAGACAACUUUGACUGGCGGAUGACUCACUAAAUUUUUGUUCUUGUAAACUGUAAUUCCCAUCUGCAAGCAUUGACCUUAGAAUUUAAAGUAGGCGGGUAGUUUUUGCUUUUUUAGACCUUCUCAUUCAUACCUAAUGGAACUUAGCCCUUCUUAUCCAAUAAGAUGUGCUUAGUUUAUUUAAUGGAAUCUGAUAUUUUGGGCUUGUAAAAAAGAUUGGUUGCUUUUAAUCCAGCUUUAUGAAAUUUGAACGCCCAACUUUCAGGCGUCAGUUUGCAGUAGUUCAAUCUGUUUUUCCUUCAGCUGUCCCAUUGUUCCUCAAUCUUGAGAAAUUCUGCUCCACCGUUGUUUAAAAAUAGCGAAUCAAGGUUAAAUUGCGAAUUAAGGAUGAAAUAUAUAAAAUAUUUGUAAAGGUUUUUUGUUUCCAUUUCAAUAUUUAAUGAUUUUGUUACCAAUUCCUCGAAUUCUUGUACAAAUUUACGCAAAAUGGUCCCCACAUGUAUAUAAAUAAGGAAGUUUUCCAUUUGGAAGCAAACCCUCUCUCUCCUUUACGCUAUGCACCUUUAAGGCCUUACCAUUUUGUGGCACAGACAGUCUAUAAAAUAAGUAACUGGAUAAUGAUUUUUGUUUGUAGAAACAAGUGAGCUUUUGUUCUUUUUAGUACACUUAUAUUAAUUAAUCAUUUGUUUGGUUGUUUGCUUGUUUCGCUAUUAAAAAUUAGAACGAUCCCUCUGGCGACUUCACUACAAGUAUACUCUGAAAGCUUGCAUCCAAAGUUACGCCUAUCAUCCACGCCCAGAAAACAUUCUCAUAGCGAAAUAGAUGGUAGCUUCUGUACUCUUCAACCGUUGCCCUGAAGCAAAUUAUCAAGUCGUUUAAGUGAUAGUGAAUUUUUUUGUAAAAAUUAAUCUGAUGAGUUAAUAGAUAAUUAUUUUAUCAUCCA